AUGUCGACCGACAACUCAAACUCCAACAACCAGAACAACCAAAACGAAAUGCAUCGCCAGAGACGCGGUUCCGUUACCCAGCAGGCCAUUGCCGGCCUUUUCAGAAGCAAUUCUACUUCAAACGGAGCUGCUUUCCCUGGCACCAGCGACGCACAGAGACGGAGACUCUCGGUCUCCACCGGUCUCGGCCUUGCUGGCACCUCUCCUACCGCUGGCAGCGCCUUCAACUCUCUGAGACGGGGAAGUCUAUCAACCAACUCCAAUGACUCCAUCGAUGAGAACGCUAUCGAUGAGGAGGAUAUCCCCCCCAACGCCCGCACCGCGCCCACCACACCCUUUACUCGCAGAAUGAGCUUUGGAGCUCAGGCAAUGCGCACCAUGCGCACUGGCGGUGGAAGCCCUGGAUCAAACGGUAAUAAUCCACCACCCGUCUCUGCUACCCCCUUGCCCAGUACGCCUGCUUCCGACAGACGCAGCAGCAUGCACCAUUCUGCCCGGGGCAGCGGCUCAGUCGUAGAUGCCACGCCGCCCAACACCUCGUCCAUCGCGGCUGCUCUGUCGUCGGUCAGGCGUCGCUCUAGCAGCACUGCACAGGCAAGCACUGCACACAAGCAAAGAUCCUCUUCUGACGUGUUCUCGCGCCCAGACCAAGGUUUCAAUUGGUCCGAGCAGCUUAGGUCUCGCGCGGAAAGCUCUGUUCAGGGCCCGCGACCAUCCUUUUCGUUUGGCUCUGGCCUUUCGUCGUCCCCUCCCCGCGGCAUGAGCAACGCCGGUACCCAUGAUCGCCAGAAGUCCGUCUCCGAGAUGCCUGCUCCUCCUGCUCAGGCUGCUACCAUGAAGCCCAAGGCCCCUGAGCGGCCGAAGCCCGAUGCCUUCCAGGAGCGCAUCCUGAAAGGCGACUUUUACAUGGAUUGA